AUGGCUCUUCAUAGUAUACUUGCCUCCGCCAGCCAGCUUUCUACGGCACAGCUCGCCGGAGUCUUUCUAUUUGUCCCGGUACUCUUAACACUCGCGACGAUUUUCUACCGUUUGGGCCCUCUAUAUCCUCUUUCUGGCACCCCUGGCCCGCUUUUGCCACGCUUGACGGGUUUACCUAUUCUAUAUCAUGCCUACAUUGGCGACGAGGCCAAAUGGGUUCAUUCUCUUCAUGAGCGUUACGGAGCUAUCGUUCGCCUAGCGCCUAACUGGGUCGAUUUUCGAGACGUGAGAGCACUGCACCCAAUUUAUCACGAGAAGGGUGGAUUUGCGAAAGCGAGUCACUACAGAAACUUCGACGUCGAUGGACAUGCAACAAUUUUCAGCAAUACAAUUCAUCAGGAGCGAUCUCUUCGGGCCAAGGCUGUCAUUCAGAUGUUCAGCGUUGCAAAUUGCAAAAAGAACGCGCAUUACUUCAAAGCCAGCUUGAGCCGGUUUAUCGAACAAUGUCAGCGCGAUAAAGAGAGCGGGAGAGUGCAAAUGCUUGAUCUAGCACGGGGAAUGGGAAUUGAUGCGGUGACAGAGUACCUGUUUGGGAUAUCAUUUGAUGGUCUAAGAGAGUAUGCAGAUGCUUCAUCUAAACUGGAUGCAAAGUGUGACCAACCUCCACGAAUGAGCGCAAGUGCCUUUGUAGACGCAUUCACCGCCUCGAGUCGCCUCUUGUACUGCUCAAAGUGGCUCUACACCCUGGCGGACAGGAUUGAUGGCUUCUUCUUCCCCAACCCGGAACUUCCAUCUAGUGCGGCAUCCCUAGAAUCAUUCACAAGAAUCGUCAUGGCGAACGCACGCACUACGAUCGACUCAGGGAAUUCCAAGACAUCGGAGACUUCAGAAACUUUUCCCGUCCGGCUCCUCCGUGCUGGGUUCUCGCCAGCCGAAGUUGCCGCUCAAUGCAAAGAUAUUAUGUUUGCUGCCACCGAUACUCUAGGAAUGAAUAUAUCAACAGCGUGUUUCAUGCUAGCGAAAUUUCCUGAGACGUAUCAGAAGCUGAGCGCUGAGAUCGAAGCUGCUACCAUUAAGAGCGAUGAUGAUAUCCAUCAGCUGCCAUACUUGAACGCCGUUGUCCGUGAAACACUCCGAAUGAGUAUGACGAACCCGUGCGAAUUCCCACGGCAGGUCGGAGCUUCAGGGUGGGCUUUUGAUAACGUCUUCUAUCCACCUGGGACUACCGUGUCUUGCUCCGCCACGGAAAUGCACUUCUACUCUGGUAUUUAUGAGGAUGCCUUCGCCUUCAAGCCGGAACGUUGGUUACACGCUACUGAAAUUAUGCAAAAGGCUCUCAUGUCUUUUGGCGUGGGCAGCAGACAAUGUAUCGCGAAGGGUAUGUCUCUGUGGGCCUUGAAUCUUGUAAUCUAUGAGGUUGCAAAAGAGAAUAUUCUCGGGGGACUAAAAGUGAGCUCUGAAAAGAUUGAAUUAUUGGAAGGGUUUAGUUCCAGGGUGGUAGGAGGGUCUAUUGAUCUGGUACGGGAAUGA